AUAUUCUUACGCAUGUAGAGACCUCAAAAUACUAAAAUGAGUAAAAUAGGAAAGUAUUUUGCUCGCCCUUCGGUCUUUCAUAGCGUUGUCUUUGGUACAACAGCAGGACUCCUGUUUUAUUCUACAUAUAUCGGAUGGAGGGCCAUUAAAGUCAAGUAUUUGAAUACCGAAUACUUUGCGAGGCAAAGUAGGUGGCGUUACAUGGAAAAACAACAGUUGUAUCAACGUGAAUUGUCACAACGUAUGAACGCCAAUUAUAUCGCCAGUAUAGCCGAAGAAUAUGAUCCUGUCGCCCUUCGUAUGCCGGGAAGUAAAGUGGAUCCUAAGCACAUGUUCUAAGAUAUGUAAUAAUGGUUUAAUUGUUUAAGCUAU